GUCGGCGGCGCCGGGGUUCGCGGGAGCUGCUUGGAGGCUCGGCCGCCAGGAGGAGGCCGCGGCCACGCUUCUUGGAAGCUACUAAGUGACUUCUUUGAAGAAUCAUGAAGUCACACUAUGUUGUGCUAACUCUAGCCUCCCUGAUGUUCCUGAUGUGUCUUCCUGUGUCACAGAGCUGUAACAAAGCACUCUGUGCCAGCGAUGUGAGCAAAUGCCUCAUUCAGGAGCUCUGCCAGUGCCGGCCUGGAGAAGGGAAUUGCCCCUGCUGUAAGGAGUGCAUGCUGUGCCUUGGGGCCCUGUGGGACGAGUGCUGCGACUGUGUCGGUAUGUGUAACCCUCGGAAUUACAGCGACACACCCCCCACAUCAAAGAGCACAGUGGAGGAGCUGCACGAGCCCAUCCCUUCCCUGUUCAGGGCUCUGACAGAGGGCGACACCCAGCUGAACUGGAACAUCGUCUCCUUCCCUGUGGCAGAGGAGCUGUCACACCAUGAAAAUCUAGUCUCCUUUUUAGAAACUGUGAACCAGCCACACCACCAAAAUGUGUCUGUUCCCAGCAACAAUGUUCACACCCCUUUUCCCAGCGACAAAGAGCACAUGUGCACUGUGGUUUACUUUGAUGACUGCAUGUCCAUACACCAGUGUAAGAUAUCCUGUGAGUCCAUGGGAGCAUCCAAAUAUCGCUGGUUUCAUAAUGCCUGCUGUGAGUGCAUCGGUCCAGAGUGCAUCGACUAUGGUAGUAAAACUGUCAAGUGUAUGAACUGCAUGUUUUAAAGAGGGAGAAGAAAUGCAAACCAAAGCAGUUUAGUUACUAGGAGGACAUGCAGACUGCUCAGUAAGUCAUGAAAUGUGCAGAAAUCAUGGGUCUAGUAUGCUAGGAGUGUGUUAAAUUAUAUUAUUGUAACUGUGCUUUUUAUGUUUGAUGCCUAUUAGCAUAUGUCUUUUCCAUUGGAGUCAGUAGAACUUUAGUCAUGUGAGAAUCAUGGUUCCAAGAAGUCCUGGAAAGACCUGACAUUCUAACAGAAGGUGCUGUCUUCUUCCAGCUUUCCAUACACUUUUUUGUUUAAAACAUGAUCGCACAAGCCUGAUCCAUGUGUGGUUCUCACCUGCCAGCUCUAGGACAGCAGGUCCCUCUAGUCAUACCUCUCUUAAUUGUGCCUUGUCUGGCUGUUCUGUUUUAUAUGAGUAAAUAUUGCAGUUUAUAAUUCUAACAACUCACAUUCAAACCACACUAAAAGCUUAAUUUCACACCAUUUUACAUUGACUUUAGAAAGUAAAUGUUUACUAUAUUUUACAACAAAAAAGUUUUACCAAGGGCCAGCGAUCUGACUCAGUGGAUACAGGUGCUUGCUACCAAGCCUGAUACCUGAGUUUGAUCCCCAGAGCCCAUAUAGUGGAAGAAAAGAGCCAGCUCCUGUAUUUGUGCACACACACAAAUAAGUAAAUGUUUUAAAAAAAAGUGUAAACCUCUUACAUGGUGAAAUCUAAAUCUUCAAUGUAGCGCUCAGCUGACAGUGGUUUCGACAUUACAUCCCCUCCCCGCCCGUAGUGCUGAUACAGUGAUGUACAGAGUCAUCACUAUUUGUCAGUCUAGUAGCGUUGCCUCUACAAAGCUUCAUGGCAUACCUUUGAAACAUCAUCAAAUGCACUGUGAGGAUCUAGGUGAGAAGUAGCCAGGUAACAGAAGCGGGGCUGUAGAUGUUGUCCCAUCAGGCUCUGUGCAGAGCACCAGGUAGCGGUAGCAGCUGUGCACAGCUUUCCAGGUAUACAGCAUAGCUGAACGUGAGACUGACCAGGAGAGGGGCUGGCUCAGCACCAGCAACAGCAGGGUCUCCAGCACGUGUGAGAAGGGAGAAGGUUGAAGAAGGAUGUACAGAUAUGGACAGAGAAGGGCAAAAAUGUUGGAAACUUCUAAGUAGGGUCCACCUUAAAACCAUUUAUAGUCACUGGUUUUGUUCCUUUGUAAUAUUACAUUUGUUUCUGGAUAUCUGAAUCUAAAUAAGUAUCAUAUUUUAAGAAGGUAUAUUUCUGAAAUUACAGGGGGAAACCUGUUUCAUAUGUUUAUUCCUAGCAUACUACAGAACUAUCUAGUUAGCUUCUUAUAUAGCGUUUCCAUAGAGAUGAGCUUCCAUACUACAUGCCCUUCAUAGUAAUAAAAUCCUCACCUUCAAGCACGAAUCUAAAACAAAUAUUAUAAUACACAGACUCAGUUUUACACAGUUGCUAUUUUUUCUAGAGCAUAUCUGAAUUCAAAGUAACUUUUUAGGAAUAAUCUUUAUAUGGCUACAUAUUUUAGUACAUAAAAUAGAAAAUGUUCUUAAACACAUUUUGUAUCCUUAUUUGAAAAGUAGUUAGUUACGAGAUCAUUUCUGGUAUCAUAGCUAUCCAUUAUAAACCAUGCUCUUUCCAAUAGCUGACAAAUACUCAAGGUAUUCCAGCCUUCUAAGAAGCCAACUUAGAAUGUAGAUGUAUGUGAUUAUUAAACAUCAAGGUGUGCUCUCACUUUUACCUAGAGUUCUUCUCUUUAAAGGUGCCUUGGAAACAUUUCAGCUCCUACCUUCUUAGCUCCCACAGGGCUGUGGGUUUUCUUGAAAUCAGGAGGAGUUUUGAAGGACCACAGCUAGCUGCUCCAUUUCAGCUGCUGAUUCUCAUGAAAGUUUAUACUAUGAUGAAAGAAUGCUUUGAUGGUUUCUGGCAGUAUGUCUCGAGUUUUCUUUGUUUGUUUGUUUGCUUGUUUUGUUGUUGCUAUCAUGGUUUUGUUUGAGAUAGGAUCUCUCUGUGGAGCCUUGGCUGGCCUGGAAUUUGCUAUGUAGACCAGGCUGGCUAUCCUCAUGUUUUCUUAAUGAGGGCCAUAAACAUUAUUAAAAUAUAUCACCAUCUUUUUAAAACUUUUCAUUAUUAAAAUUUAAACUAUAGUGUAUCUUUUUUACCCUAUACAUUUUCUAUGAACAAUCUUUUAAACCAUUUGCUUUAACAUUUUUAUUGCCCUGUUUUUCCCAUUAGAAAUGAUCCCCACUGAGAUAAAUUGUAUAUUCAUAUUUUGUGUGUUUCUCCUGAUUUGCCAAGGCCUUGAAGAACUAGUACCCAUUACCUGACAGGUUUGCACUCCCACCACAGAGAGGCCGAACAAGAUGAUCAGAGGAUCAAAGCCAGCCCAGGGUCCAUAGCAAGUCACUGCCUCAGAAAGCACAAGUCCUGUGCUCAGUGUUUUGAGCAGUGUUUUUUUUCCUAAAUUGAAAUAAAAUAUUUUAGAAGCUAGUGGUCUCACUGAGUCUAGACCUUCCACACCAUUGUAGCAAUUACACUCCCUUAUUGAAGAUUUUGUAAUGGUUUAUGUUUCCUUCUCAAUAAAAAAUGAUCUUAGCUGGGCAGUGGUGGCUCACGCCUUUAAUCCCAGCACUUGGGAAGCAGAGGCAGGUGGAUUUCUGAGAUUGAGACCAGUCUGAUCUACAGAGUGAAUUCCAGGACAGCCUGGGCUAUACAGAGAAACCCUGUCUUGAAAAACAAACAAACAAAAAAUGAUCUUGUUUUCUUAUAGCCGGAUCCAAAAACGCUAGAUUUUAAGGGCUGAGGUUGAAGCCUGGUGAUGAGGUUCUCACCCAUCAUGGGGCUCUCGCCUGUCACAGUGCAACCCCAGGUCCACCCUCAGGUCCACCCUGAGUACCAACAAGAGACAAACACUAGCUUGUGAAUCAGAGGUUGUCAUUAAACUUAUUAUGUACAUACUUCCCUAUAGCAAGACAUGGGCUUAUGGACAGGUUUUUCUCAUAACAUUUAUGAGAAAACAAUGUUUUCCCCAUAAUAUUUAAUUAGGACUUAGUUUAUUCAUAAUUAAGGUACAAAAGCAAAACAAAUUCAAGUAAAAUGUACUGUUUGUUUACACAGGGUGCUAUGAAAGGGGUCACACCAAAGUAUAACUUGUGAAGUUUCAGAAGAUAACAUUGUUAUUAGUAUAUUUGAACAAAUAUUUGUAAUUUUAAAAAAGCAUCAAAAUAGAAAAGAAGAAAGUAAAACUCUGACAAAUGAGAUGCUGAGGAUGGGCUACAGGUUAAAGGUCUGUACUUAGCAUCUUUUAAAAACUUUAAAGACUUUGUUCAUUUCCAAGAGUCUAUGUUGAUUGCAUUUAACAUGACUGACAACUUAUAUAUGUAAUUGUAUACAUUUCCAUUGAUUGUCUCUGUAGUAAAAAAA